CCCCAUCAAUCACCCUUUCCACUUGGAGGGAAAGGGGAACUUCAGUUGUCCAUAUAAACCCCUGUCUCGUCGCCGCCGCUCCUGAGGCAGACCCUGACAUUCAUCUUGAAAUCCACUUCAGCUAACAGAGAAGCAUGGAUUCCUCAAGGCCACGAUGGCUGCUGUGCAUCACCCCAGCUGGACAAGAGGUGUGCCAUGGAGCCCUUCUGUCCGCUCCUGCUGGCCGGUUUUAGCUUGUCACUCGUCAGAGCUGGCAAGGGCAACGACACCACUCCAACAGAGAGCAAUUGGACCAGCACAACCGCAGGCCCUCCAGACCCUGGUACCUCCCAGCCACUGCUCACCUGGCUGCUGCUGCCUCUGCUCCUCCUCUUGCUUCUCCUCGCAGCCUACUUCUUCAGGUUCAGGAAGCAGAGGAAAGCCGUGGUCAGCAGCAACGACAAGAAGAUGCCUAACGGGAUCCUAGAAGAGCAAGAGCAGCAGAGAGUGAUGCUGCUGAGCAGGUCUCCGUCGGGUCCCAAGAAGUACUUCCCCAUCCCGGUGGAGCACCUGGAGGAGGAGAUCCGCGUGCGAUCAGCAGAUGACUGCAAACGCUUCCGCGAGGAGUUCAACUCGUUGCCAUCUGGACACAUACAAGGGACGUUUGACCUAGCAAACAAAGAAGAAAACAGAGAAAAGAACAGAUAUCCCAACAUUCUUCCCAAUGACCAUUCCAGAGUGAUUUUGAGCCAAGUGGACGGAGUCCCCUGCUCUGACUACAUUAACGCGUCCUACAUAGAUGGUUACAAAGAAAAGAACAAAUUCAUAGCAGCUCAAGGCCCCAAGCAGGAGACAGUGAAUGACUUCUGGAGGAUGGUCUGGGAGCAGAAGUCAGCCACGAUCGUCAUGUUGACGAACCUGAAGGAGAGGAAGGAGGAGAAGUGCUACCAGUACUGGCCAGACCAGGGCUGCUGGACCUAUGGGAACAUCCGUGUGUGCGUGGAGGAUUGCGUGGUUCUGGUAGAUUACACCAUUCGCAAGUUCUGCAUCCACCCGCAACUUCCCGAGAGCUGCAAAGCCCCGCGGCUGGUCUCACAGCUCCACUUCACCAGCUGGCCUGACUUCGGGGUACCCUUCACCCCCAUCGGAAUGUUGAAGUUCCUAAAGAAAGUAAAGACACUCAACCCCUCACAUGCAGGGCCCAUUGUGGUCCACUGCAGCGCGGGCGUGGGACGGACAGGCACUUUCAUUGUGAUCGACGCCAUGAUGGACAUGAUACACUCAGAACAGAAGGUGGAUGUCUUUGAGUUUGUGUCUAGAAUCCGCAAUCAGCGCCCUCAGAUGGUCCAGACAGAUGUACAGUAUACAUUCAUCUACCAAGCCUUACUGGAAUACUACCUCUACGGGGACACCGAGCUGGAUGUGUCCUCCCUGGAGAGGCACCUGCAGACGCUACAUAGCACAGCCACCCAUUUUGACAAGAUCGGGCUGGAGGAAGAGUUUAGGAAACUGACCAACGUGCGAAUCAUGAAGGAGAACAUGAGGACGGGCAACCUGCCAGCCAACAUGAAGAAGGCCCGUGUCAUCCAGAUCAUCCCGUAUGACUUCAACCGGGUGAUCCUCUCCAUGAAAAGAGGACAAGAGUACACAGACUAUAUCAACGCGUCCUUCAUAGACGGCUAUCGGCAGAAGGACUACUUCAUGGCCACACAGGGGCCCCUGGCUCACACAGUUGAGGACUUCUGGAGGAUGGUGUGGGAGUGGAAGUCACACACAAUCGUCAUGCUGACUGAGGUGCAGGAGCGGGAGCAGGAUAAAUGCUAUCAGUAUUGGCCAACGGAGGGCUCGGUGACACAUGGCGAUAUAACUAUAGAAAUAAAGAGUGACACCCUGUCUGAAGCCAUCAGCAUACGGGACUUCCUGGUUACUUUUAAACAGCCCCUGGCCCGCCAGGAAGAGCAGGUCCGCAUGGUGAGACAGUUCCAUUUCCAUGGCUGGCCUGAGGUUGGAAUCCCAGCUGAGGGCAAAGGCAUGAUUGACCUCAUCGCAGCCGUGCAGAAGCAGCAGCAGCAGACCGGCAACCACCCCAUCACCGUGCACUGCAGUGCGGGAGCAGGGCGGACAGGUACGUUCAUAGCACUCAGCAACAUUUUGGAGCGAGUGAAAGCCGAGGGACUCCUCGAUGUGUUUCAAGCUGUGAAGAGCUUAAGACUUCAGAGACCACACAUGGUGCAAACCCUGGAGCAAUAUGAAUUCUGCUACAAAGUGGUACAAGAUUUUAUCGAUAUAUUUUCUGAUUAUGCUAAUUUCAAAUGAAGAUUCCUGCCUUAAAAUAGUUUUUAAUUUAAUGGUCAGUAUAUUUUGUAAAAAGAAAUAAUGUUAAUUUAUUUCCUAGUGGACAUUAAUAUCCUUCCUAAUUCCUUUGUAUAUAUUUUGUUAUGUCCUAAAGGCUAUCUGCUGUAAGGUUAUUAUUAAGUCUUAGAUGUUCUUUUUAAAAAUGGAAAUAAUUGUUAAGGUCAAAUACUAUCUGGGAAGAAAUAUAUUUCUGCUAAUAUCAGUCAAUAUCUUAAUUCUGUAAGAUUCACAUCAUGCGAUGUCACAUGUCAUGCAUCUGUAAAUGUAGCUCUUAAUAUGUCAAAUGUGUUUGUGAAAGACACUAAACAUGAAGCCCCUUGUGGAGGAAACUGUUGAGGGCUCAGAAUCAGGACACAUUUACUCUCCCUGCCAACUGCUGCAUCCAUCCAGGGCAUCGGGGUGUGGCAAACAGUACAGAUGCGGGCAUUGGGACAGUUCUAGGUCUCAGUCCUGUGGCUCAUCUUUACAUUUGAAAGAUCAAAGAAGGAGCUGGGUAUGGCAGUGCGUACCUGUGUUUCUAGCACUUGAGGGUCUAAAACAUGCCUUCAGGUCCAGGCCAGCCCGGACUCUGUCUCAAAAACAUACAUUAAAAAUAAAAUUCAGAUCUUGCAACCUAACUCUGGGUCUCAGGCCCACAAGGGUAGAUGGUGGCUUCCCAGUGAAUUUUUACAGCCAUUUAUUUAUGAAAGGCUGUGUCUCUGUCACUGGAGAUUCAAUGCGAAGAGAUGCUGGUCCCAGGACAUCCCGUCUCACAGGCCUCUGGUAUCCCUACACUAGCCAUCAGAGCUGUGUUCCUGAGAAACCGCUUGUUGUCCGUCUGCCUGUGAGUCUGGCUCAAUCCAGCCAAGCUUAUUUCCAGUGUCCCUUCCACUGGCCCAGCCACCUGUGCUGACAUUAACUGAGCCCACAGGCUCAAUGCAAAACUUCUUCCUUCCCUUCCUCAUUAAAACGAAGUGUUUUACACACAUACACACACACACACACACACACACAGAGAGAGAGAAACGGUAGGAUGACCACAAGCAAGUGUACUGUAAACUUCCUGACAGGCAUUUUGGUAUAUCAGAUUUUCUUUGUAAAAAGUUGUAAGAUGAUUUGUAAGAAAAGAAAUCUUAAAAUCUAGAUUUGUACAGUUUUUUAAACAUCCCACUCUUUGGUGUUUAAGAGAGAGAGAAUCCUAAUUUGAAAUCUAACUUACCUUUGGAUGGAAUUGCUGGUGAGGCCUCUGAACCCAAGUGGCCGUGAUGGGCACACUGCCAGAGAGAAGUAGGUUAGGGAAAGGAAUGGGGUGAGGGGGGAGCAGGGUGAAUGCGGAAACAUAGACUUCAAUAUGCUCUUCCUAUGGCAUUUAGGUGCCUAGCCAAUGAGCACAAGGCAAAAACAACAACAAAAAAGGCAUCUGGUCUAAGUCACCGAAGGCUUUGAACACACGCAGUUUGGAGACUUUUGAAAAGUGAUGUGAAAAUAUUAAGGCCUUAUUUGCCAUCUCCAUGGGGGACCGAUCAUGCCUGUCUAUUGCACUGCUUGUCCUUGUUUAUAGUGUGUACGGGGACAACCCCAGGAUGGGCCACCGCCUCCUCCAGGAUGGGCCACCGCCUCCUACAGGUGGACAAGUCACCAAGCUUCCCUUACACCCCACAGCUCAGUUCCAUCCAGAGGCACUAGCUGGUGCCCAGCACACAGGGUGAAAGCAGACAGUGGCUUCUGUCAUCGCCAUCGGUUGCACCCAGGACCGGCUCUGUGUGGAGCAGGUCCUGCCCUUCUCUGGGCAGCAGUGGAAGAGCUGGGGGCUUUCCCUGGCCAGUGGUUUCAUUUUUUCAUGUUAAACUUCAAGCCCAAUGCCUUUCUUUGACUGAAGCAGGACAAAGGGCAUCAAGCUUCCACCCUGCAACCCCAAGCCAACUGGAAUGAAGGUGACCUCACAUUGGUCCCACACCAAAGUUCAGUCAUGCACCUUGGCACCCCAACUUCAUUACUCAGAAUCCCAGGCAUCUCUUGUAUCAAGAAAUGCCUUAGGGUAGACCUUUUCAGGAUAUCUAGAAAAAUAUUCUAUUUGUGUUUUUCCUCACCUCAGAGCUGCCCCAGGUUCCCCCGUGGGAGGCCUGCUUGUUUUUAAACAGCUUGUCUCGUUCCAGAAACAGAGACCACCCUCUUGUGGGCAUAUUUGUGGCAUAUUUGUAUUUCUUUGAAGGGGCAAAUCCCUUCAGUCUUUUGUCUAAUGCCACUGCCAAAUUCAGCUUCCCUAAGACAGAACCUUGGUAUGCAAGGGGCAUCCUAAGUGGGGCCUCAGCAUCUUCUCUGUGUACCUGGCAUGUCCUUCUUUCUUCAGUCAAAGAAGGUUCGGUAUAUUCCAGUGAACAGCCUGGCUCCAACAACAACCUUCUCAUUUCUCUGUUGCAUGCAGUUGUGUUCAAAUGCCAAAUAGCAAUCAGAGCUGAGUGUUCUGAUCAGGUGCGUUCUUUGGUCACUGUGUGACUUGCUUUAUUCUCUCCAUGUGCUAGAUGAAUGAGGAAUACACACCUGUGUUUUCCAAGGUAUUUUUUAUGUGUUUUUAAAAACUUUUUAAAAUGAGCCUGAUACCUGUGUUUCAGCAUUUGGAGACAUGGCCAUGUUGUUGGGUUUUUUUCAUGUAUUUACUGAUAUAUAUAUAUAUAUAUAUAU